ACUCGCCCUUGGCCAAAUCUUGUUAUCGAAGUUGCAUAUUCCGAGACAAUAGAUCACGUUACAGACAAGGUGAAGAACUAUUGGCUAAAGCCCGACCGUGCCCAUGAUGCCAUUGUUGUAAAAAUUGACCCGGCUCCUAAUGGUCAAGUACCUACUCGUAUGAUAGCAUGGCAUUAUUGCGUUUUAGAUAGAAGAACGAGAUCCACAUUUCCUGCUAGAACUACGUUUGAAUUCGGCACAGUUGAUGGGAAUGGAAAUCUUUUGACUUUUUUACGAGGUGCACAUAUGAUAAACAUUGCAUUGAGUUGUCUAUACCACGAUCGCAAUCAUGAAAGUGCUUACGCCCCACUAAUUCCAGGAAAGCGAAAAGUGACGAGUACCAUAAUUUCAUUAUCACAUCCUCUCGCUGUCAACUCAUGA